CAAAUCAAAAAAGAUAAGGAUAUCAGUUUUUCAAAACAUAAACAGACUCAGCUAUCUUUUUUGCAAAUCAACUAUAAUGAUAACAAUCACGUAUCAUAAAAUAAAUCGCUAACUAGUGUCUGUGUAGCUUUUUCGCCUUUCACAUUAGAAUAUGAAACGAAAAGCGAUAGAGUUAUAAUUUUAAAGAAAAUACCUAAAAUCGUGUAUCCGUUAUUAUCAAACCUUAACUGAAACGAUGGUUUUCGAAAAAACUAAUUACUUUACUAAUAAAAAUAAUGCUAAUUUAUAAUUUAUGUAGUCGUGAUUUUAGUCAUGAUUGACGUUCAUAUCAACAAAUUAAAAUUGAAAAAAAUGAUAAUCCGAAAUAAAACUCUAAUUAAAUUAUUUGCUCUUUUGGUUUUGUGUACAAUUAUUCUGUACGUGAGCAAAUAUAGUUUUAAUAAUAGAUAUGAAUUUGUGAGAGGUAAAGACCUUUUAGAACAAGCAAUCCGAGCAGCACAAUUGGGUGGUAUUCAAGUUAAAGCUAUCCACAAUGAACAUUUAAUUAAUUCCCAAUCAAAGGGGAAAACUAUGGAAGGUGCAAAUGAUCCAGUUACUAAUGCUGAUUAUACAUCUCAUUGUGCUAUGUAUUAUUUGUUGAAAAAAAAUAUACCAAACGUAAAAGUGAUAUCAGAGGAAGAAUUAUCUGAGAAAGAAUGCAAAAAGUUAAAUCUAAGAAAAUUAAAAGAUUAUGAUAUCGAACAUGUAACAAAUAUUGAAGAAGAAUUUGAGAGGAAAUACAUAACCAUAUGGAUUGAUCCAUUAGAUGCAACUCAAGAAUUUACUGAAAGUUUGACUCAAUAUGUAACUACCAUGGUCUGUGUUGCAUAUAAAGGAAAACCUAUAAUGGGUGUUAUACAUGAACCAUUUUCAUCUAAAACAACAUGGGCUUGGCUCUCAAAAUCAAGAUCAAACAAUUUCAACAAUAUUAAAGUUCCUAACAAAAAGUCAAUUAUUAUUUCAAGAUCACACAAAGGUGAUGUAAUGGGUCUAUUAAAUCAACGGUUAUAUGGUCUACCAGUGGUAACAGCCGGAGGUGCAGGAUUCAAAGUUUUACAAGUUUUAUUUGGAAACUCAUCGGCUUAUAUUCAUACAACUAACAUUAAAAAAUGGGAUAUAUGUGCUGGACAUGCUAUACUAAAAAGUAUAGGAGGUGAAAUGACAUCGUUGGAAAAUGAAGAUAUUACAUAUGAAAAAUAUACAAGUAUGAUGCAUGUUGGAGGAAUAUUAGCUACUGCACGUGAUCAUUUAUACUAUAUAAAUGCACUAAAAAAUGGGAGAAGUGAUUGAAGUAUUAAAUAAUAGGUUUGUAAAUUUAUUUGCUUUAAAUGUAAAACGUAAAGACAAUAAAAUUAUAAUUUCCAUUGAAAUGUAUCGUUUAAAUUAGUUCUGUUUUUAUUUGUGUUUAAAAGUACAUUUUAGUUAUUUGAAUAAAAAUUAUUAUUUAGC